AUGGCUAUCGCUCACGACUUUGAAGGAAACAAAUUUGUAUUUUCUACGGAUGACGGGGGUUCGGCCAAUGAUAAAUUUUGUAAAUGGGCACUUAGUAGAGAAAAGAAAGGAACAACAUAUAUAGCACAUAAUUCAAAAGCAUAUGAUACAUAUUUUAUAAUUCAGUAUAUUUUAAAACAUAUGCCUACAGUGAAGUAUGAAGUAAUUCGGAACGGAACAAAAAUUAUGAUGCUUGAAAUAAAAGAAGGGGGAAUAAAUAUAAAAUUUAUUGACAGCCAUAAUUUUGUACAGUCUAAGCUAGCGGACUUUCCGAAAACAUUUGGACUUACGGAAUCAAAAAAAGGUUAUUUUCCACAUUAUUUCAACACUCCCGAAAAUCAAAAUUAUAUAGGGCCUUUACCGGACAAAUAUUAUUACGGUUAUAACUCCAUGGCGAGAAAACAGCGAGCAGCAUUCAUAAAUUGGUAUGACGAGAUGACAAGCAAAAAUUAUGUAUUUAAUUUCAAAAAUGAGUUGGAACAAUAUUGUCAUUUGGACGUUGAUAUAUUACGAAGAGGGUGCUUAGAACUAAGGAAUAAAUUUUUGGACGUGUGCAAUAUUGAUCCAUUUAAAUACAUUACAAUUGCAAGUGUUUGUAUGGCAAUUUAUCGACAAAAUGACUUGUUAAAUAAUUCUAUAGCAGUCGUCCAAAAUACCGAAAAAGAAACUUUUUCAGACGAGUCUAUCAAGUGGAUGAAAAGUAAAAUAUCAAACGAAAAUAAAAACAUACGCCAUGCUUUAAACGGUGGGGAGGCCGUCAUAUGCGGUGCUAAAGUCGACGGUUAUGACGAAUCUGAAAAAAAAGUUUAUCAGUAUCAUGGAUGUUUUUGGCAUGGCUGCCCGGAUUGCUUCCAUCCUAAUGAUAUAAACCCUGUUAAUAAAAACACUAUGACUGAUUUAUAUAACAACACGAUACGACGAACAUCUCAAUUGAAAGCAAAAGGGUAUCAAGUUGAAGAAAUGUGGAGUUGUAAAUGGAGAAAGCACGCAGAGUACAAACAAAUGAUGCAAUAUCCUGAUGAUGUAAUUGAGUCACUGUUGAGUCAACUGGAUUCACAAGUGGUUCUAUCUUGGUUAACAUCGUCCCAACAGCAAUUCAAAACAUUUGUAACAAAUAGGCUCGCAAAGAUUGUGGAACUGUUACCAAUGUGUAACUGGCGCUAUGUUGCAUCACAAUCAAAUCCGGCUGAUUGUGUGUCACGGGGCUUCCUCCCCUCACAAAUUAUCGAUCACGAUCUAUUUUGGCAAGGACCACCAUUCUUAAAAACCCCUGAAUCGGAAUGGGUUGUGGUAUGUGUCAAUAAAUUACUACCAUCACAUCUGCCUGAGUAUCGCAGUAUUAUGCCAAAAAUGUGUUUGGCAUCACUAGUCAACGUAGAUGUUGAUUGGGUCACCCAAUUUUCGUCGUUAAAGCGCAUGCAACGGAUGGUUGCGUUCAUGUUACGGUUUGUCAAUCGUGCUCGUAAGUUACCCAUUCACGAUGGUCCUAUUCAAUACACAGAAACGGAAGAGGCAAUGCUACACAUUGUUCGUAUGACACAGCGUUCUUACUUUGCUAACUUGUUUAAUACACUUAAGUCUCCAACAUCGAAAGUGUCACCUCGGUCUAUUGCUCAGCUCGCACCGUUCGUUGAUAAAACCAUAUUAUACGUGUAG